ACCUUCAAAUCCAAUCCUACAAAAUCUUACACAAUGGGUCGAGGAGGCUCUCGAGGCGGUGGCCGCGGUGGUCGCGGUGGGCGCAAGCCGUUCCGUGGCGGCAACAAGAACAAUCGUUCUGGAGGUCGGGACAACAGAACUGAGUCUUGGUUAGACCAGCCACGCAAGAAUGAGCUCUUCGAGAGUUACUACCGCAUGGGCGGUUUCCUGGACGAAGCGGAGUUCGAGCAGAUGUGGAAGUCGCUGGCGUCCGACUUGCCCAACAGCUUCCGUUUCACUGGAACCAAAUCGGAUGCACUAGCUGUCCGCGAGAUCUUCAAAGAGCGCUAUAUUCCAGCAAUCACUGCCAUGGACUUUGAAGGCCAGCCCGUCGAGCCACCCAAGGCUGUUGAGGCUUUCCCUGACGAGUUGGUCUGGGACAUGAAGACACACAAGAAGAUUGUUCGCCGCCAUGCCCCGUUCGCCGAUUUCCAAAAGUUCCUUGUCGCAGAAGCGGCUUCCGGUAACAUCAGCAGACAAGAAGUUGUUAGCAUGAUCCCACCGCAUUUCUUGGACGUGAAGCCUGGAAUGGUUGUCCUGGACAUGUGCGCUGCACCCGGCAGCAAGUCAGCACAGCUGGCUGAAAUGAUACAUGGUGAUGAGGAAGAGAGGGUCAAGAAGGCCGCGAACAACGAGUCCCCGAACACUGAUGAUGGAGGUGACUACAGUGACGAUGGGCGAUCUACCGGUCUUUUGAUCGCAAACGACACCGAUUACAAGCGGGCAGGCAUGUUGGUGCACCAAGUCAAACGACUCAACUUUCCCAACCUCAUUGUUACUCAGCACGAUGCUUCCAUAUUCCCCUCUAUCGAACUCCCGACCGGCAAAAAUGGAAGGAAGCAGUACCUAAAAUUCGACCGUAUCCUGGCAGAUGUUCCCUGCUCAGGCGAUGGUACCGCUCGCAAAAACCCCAACGUUUGGGGCAAAUGGACGCCGAAGGACGGCUUGGGCUUACACAACUUGCAGCUUCGGAUUCUAUUCCGUGGAUUGCAAAUGUUGAAAAAGGGCGGCCGCCUUGUAUACUCAACUUGCAGCAUGAACCCUACUGAGAAUGAAUCCGUGAUUGCGGCAGCCAUUCAAGCUUGUGGUGGUGUCUCCAAGGUUCAAUUGGUAGACUGCUCAGAUUAUCUUCCGAACCUGAAGAGGAAGCCUGGUCUCAACACCUGGAAGAUCAUGGACACGUCAACCGUUCCUGGAAGCAACGACAAGACUGCUCAUCUGUUCAGCAGCUGGGACGCGUUUGUCAAAGCACAGGCGAAAUACGAGAAAGAGGAACCCGAACGUGUGUUCUCUAACAAGAUCAUGCCCGGAGUGUUCCCUCCCAUUGCGUCUUCCGAAGAAGAACGUAUUCCUCUGGAGCGCUGUGUCAGAGUAUACCCUCACCUUCAGGAUACUGGAGGCUUCUUUAUCGCAGUUCUAGAGAAGUUAGACGAUAUCAAGGUCGGCCAAAUCACGAGUUCGAACAACGAAGCCAGCCUCCUUCAAGCAAAAACGGAAUCCGAGACCGCGACCCCAGCCAACGCGGGUGAAAUGGAAGUUGACGUUACUGAGCCUCCUACCGAGUCUGCCCCCGAAGCAGGUAAUCAGUCCCCAUUGAAGCGUAAGUUGGAGGACACGGAAGAUGCGGAAGCCGAGGCCAAACGCACCAAAACCUCGGACACGACUGCUGAACUCCCAGCUCCACAAACAGAAGAAGCAACGCCAGUAGAAGCAACAUCAACUACCAUCACCUCCGCCCCACCUCCAACCAAAGAAGUCACCAAGCUCAAGUCCGAACAACAAUCCCAGAGCAAAGAACACUUUGAAUACCUCGCCGCUGACGACCCCAAUAUCGCCGCCAUCCUCGACUUCUUCGGCAUCUCCUCACGCUUCCCCCGUGACCGCUUCAUGGUCAAGAAUAAAGAAGGCCUCCUCCUUAACAAACUCUACUACACGUCCGCCCUUGCCAAAACAAUCAUCUCGGCCAACAAGCACCGGGGCAUGAAGUUCAUCCACUGCGGCGUUAUCACCUUCGUUGCCCACAAAAUCAAAGACAAAGACCUCAUGCGCGCGCCCUGGCGUCUCCAAAAUGAGGGAAUCCGCAUCGUCGAACCCUGGGCCAACAAACGAAUCGUAAACUGCACCUCCAAAGCCACUCUCCACAAGCUCCUCAUCGAGAUGUUCCCCAAACUCCCUCGCGACGGAUCCCACGAUAUCGGCGAGGUAGGCGACCAGCUCAAGGAUAUGGAGAUUGGAUGCUGCUUCGUGCGCAUUGAGCAGAGUGCUGGCGAAGAUGGUUUCCCGUUCCGGAUGGUGCUGCCGCUGUGGAGACACCCCGGUAGCGCGAACCUGAUGGUCGACAAGGAUGAUCGGAAGGCGAUGCUGUUGCGCUUGUUCAACGAGAAGGAUCCGGAUAUCAAGAAUCACGUUGCUGAUAAGGCGAAGGCUGUGGAGGCGGCUAAGGCGAAUGGUGGUGGUGAGGAGAUGGAGGUCGAGGAAGCCGAGAGGGAGUUGGAAGAGGCUAAGGAGGAAGAAGGAGGAGAUGCCGAUGCCGUUGCUGGCGCUGUCGAGGAUGUGCAGGAGGUUUGA